AUGUCUGACGCCGCUCCCUCCCUCGAGAGCCGCAUCACCAGCGACGAGCCCGCCGCCGAGGUCGCCGAAGCUCAGACUGAUGGCGCAACCCCCGCAACCGGCGGCAGCGGCCUCCACGAGCCCGAGUACGAUGUCGAGGUCAAGCUUGCCGAUCUUCAGGCCGACCCUAACAACCCGCUCUUCUCCGCAAAGACUUUCGAGGACCUGCAACUGAAGCCGGAGAUCCUCAAGGGCCUCUAUGGCAUGCGCUUCCAGAAGCCGUCCAAGAUCCAGGAGAAGGCUCUCCCGCUUCUCCUGAUGAACCCUCCCACAAACCUUAUCGGCCAGUCCCAGUCGGGCACUGGCAAGACUGCGGCCUUUACCCUCAACAUGCUGAGCCGCGUGGACCUGUCGACCAUCUCCCCCCAGGCCCUCGUCCUUGCGCCUAGUCGCGAAUUGGCACGUCAGAUUAUGGGUGUGGUUCAAGAGAUGGGCAAGCACAUGGAAGGCCUUGUGGUCACCGCUGCCAUUCCCGAUCCCAGCAGGCGCAAUCAGAAGUUUGAGGGCCAAGUCAUUGUUGGUACGCCCGGUACCGUCAUGGAUAUGAUCAGGAGGAGGCUGUUGGACAGCCGUGGUAUUAAGGUUCUUGUUCUGGACGAGGCCGACAACAUGCUGGAUCAGCAGGGUCUUGGAGAUCAGUGCAAGAGAGUCAAGCAGCUCCUUCCUAAGGACACCCAGGUCGUCCUUUUCUCCGCUACUUUCCCCGAUGAGGUCGUCCGCUACGCAAAGUCGUUUGCGCCCAACGCCAACCAGCUCACUCUCAAGCAUGAGGAGCUUACUGUUGAGGGCAUCAAGCAGUUCUACCUGGACGCCGAAGGCGAAGAGGACAAGUUCCGUGUUCUUUUGCAGUUCUACGGCCUCAUGACCAUCGCGUCUUCCAUCAUCUUCGUCAAGCGCCGUGACACUGCCGCUGCACUUGAGCAGCGUAUGACUGCCGAGGGCCACAAAGUUGCACAGCUCUCUGGUGCUUUGGAGGGUCCUGAGCGUGAUAUAAUCAUCGACAGGUUCAGGAAGGGAGAGGCCAAGGUGCUCAUCACUACGAACGUGCUGGCUCGUGGUAUCGACGUUCAGUCGGUGACGAUGGUGAUCAACUACGACAUUCCCGAGAUGGCCAACGGUGCUCCUGAUCCGGAGACUUACCUUCACCGUAUCGGUCGUACUGGACGUUUCGGUCGUGUGGGUGUGGCCAUCAGCUUCAUCCACGACAAGAAGAGUUGGACGAACCUGUCGGAAAUCGCCAGAUACUACAACACGGAGCUCCUCCCGCUCGACACCAAGGACUGGGAUUCGGUGGAGGAUAUCAUCAAGAAGGUCAUCAAGAGCUCGAGGGCUGGCAAGACGACAGCGGAGAUGACUGCGUACGCGCUUCCAUCCCCGUUUGUCAGCCUUACCAUCCUCAUCGACCAAAUCGAGGCCAUGAUGCAGCAGGAGGACUCCGCUGAUCUACCCCCGCGCCGUGUUCGAGCAGGGUCCGAGCUUUCCACAGUCACGAGUCCCGCACUGGGUUCCGACGUGCACCGUCGCUCGUCGUCCUCGUCUUCGUCUUCAUCCUCGUCCUCGUCCUCCGCUUCCUCAUCCACGAAGAAGCAACAAGCCAAGCCAAUUCAACAACCACAACAGCAAGCUGCGGACCCUGCUCAAGCUUCCGGAUCGCACACUGUUACUCAUUUCGCAUCAUCCAGCCGCUCCAGCAACCUGAGCGUCAGCUUCAGAGAGAUAGUUUCAUACUCGUCCAGCCGCAGCGGUGGAAUUCUAGAGGGCAGCAUCAGCAACGUACCCGGCGUUGCCGAGAUGGAGCGUAGGUGGUCUGCACAGAGACAGGCAUCAAUGGCCAGCAGAGACGCCAACACUGCCGAUGUUGCUGCUAGCAGCAGCGCCGAUGAGACGACGGGUAUACUGGGAGCGGAUAGGAACGGUGUGGGACAGCGCACCUACAACACGAAUGGCGGAACGGGCUUGAUUGGCCGUACCUCCAGUAUCAGAAGGAGAGCCAGUGGGCAAGACGGCGGUGCUGAAAACGGCACCACGGAUGCGCAUGAGGCACAGAACGAAGACUCCUGGUGGCACAAAUUUUCAGAGAAGUACGGAAGCGUCGAAUUGGACAACAAGGGGAGCGUUGCUAGGGAUCAUUUGGCUCUGGAACGCACCUUCCUCGCCUGGCUCCGUACUUCACUCUCCUUCGCAAGCAUCGGCAUCGCCGUGACGCAACUAUUCCGUCUCAACACCUCGAUCGCAGACGGCGACCACGACGGCGACCAGCACGAGCGCCUUCGACACGUUGGAAAGCCUCUGGGCGCAACUUUCAUAGCCAUCUCGAUCGUCAUCCUCUUCAUCGGCUUUCACCGCUACUUCGAGUCCCAGCACUACGUCAUCCGCGGGAAGUUCCCAGCCAGCAGGGGCUCCAUCAUUGUGGUCAGCGCUAUAGCGGGUGCGUUGAUUGUGAGCAGCCUUGUUGUGGUGUUGGUGAUAGCGCCGAAGGCUUUCGAGCGGCGGUAA